AUGCCAUGUAUGUAUUUUUCAGGGGUUGAUAGCAGUGCUAUCACCAUCGAUGAUCCUAGCAACCAUUGCAUUAUAAUAAGUCCAGAACUAUAUAGUAGAGUCCGCAAUAACGAGGAAGAAAAUGCAAGAAUUUUUUUGGAUACUCACUUAUUAAGGAUUCGAAGUAAAAGAAGUGAGCCAAAACCCUCCUCAGAGAGACUAGUGCCCAAGAGUAAGGCAUCCGUAGACGUAGGGAAUAGGCCUUCUAUGUCUAUUCUUGCGUAUACCAGCCGUGCAUUGGUUACUGCGGAAUUCANGGAGAUGAGUAGGGACGAAUUCAANGNNANGUACCUUGCNCCACUUGAUAAGGCUCUUGAAGGGUCAAAUAUUUCAAUUCCGCUUUUAGCACCCGCUUACCCUUAUCCAUUGGGGAAUCCAAUGCAUGUGGAACAAGCCAUCCAGCAAUACUUUGAUCGAGAAAUAGCAGGAACAAUCGAUCAACUUUAUCGUGAUGUAGGUGAUAUGGACAACUAUUUUGGAAGCCCAUCAAUAAUAAGACCGCCAUUGGAUCAACGAAGAAUAGUACAACCUGGUAUCAUUCAUAUGAUAAAUAAAUCGGAUUCAGAUAUACAAGAUCCCGAAGUUGUUUUCGGGAUAGGUGAUUACAAAACGGGAAUCUAUAAGAUGACAGAAGGAUUUGAAGAAUUGAAGGCAGCUAUAGAGAGUCAAAUCGAGAAUUUGCUGAACCGAAGAAGAUUGAGGCUGCAAUCCAGUGUGAACUUUUUUCCAGAUAGGGAGUGGACACCUAGGAUAUUAUUUGCUUUGGUUUUAAGGAAGUAUAUAUACCAAGCUUUCCUCUGUGGAACNGACAGGAUUUUUAUUUCAGAUCACCAAACAUUCUCAGGGUUCUUUAAGUAUGAAAUUAUGGAUGACAAGAUGUCUAUAGACUACUAUGUCAUAAAUGAUCCAGAAACUGUUGAGCAUGGCAUUACUUUGAGGUCGGCAAUAGCCGGAUUUUUCUAUAAGAAUGAGGAUGAUGCGAUUGAUACAAAGGGCAGGUUGAAGAAAACUUUCGAAGUGGCCAGGAAAACUGAAGAACUGGAUCCGUUUUUGAAUGUUUUGCCUAAAACUUCUUAUGGAUCUCCAGGAAAAUUAUCGGAUAGUGNGNUUUCAAGUAAGUUANCAAGUAAGUUAGAUCCGGUAAAAGAAAACGACGAUAGUGAUAACUUUGAUGCCAUUGAUGGUAACACAUAUUGUCGAGUUAUAUACGAUGCUGCAGAGUUUUAUCCUGAUUUGA